AUGGCGCCGUACACGAGCGAUCCAGGCAGUUUCCCGGACCCAGUCGAUCUUUCCCACCAUUUGUCACGCAGCACCAAGGCGCGUCAAGCCUCAAGCAUCAAGCAGUUUUACAAGUACUUUUCUAUUCCAGGAAUCGCGCAAUUAGCUGGCGGCCUUCCCAAUGACAAGUACUUCCCGUACGAUACCCUCGAAGCAAAAGCGUCACACCCAAACCGGUGGCAACCAACGCCGAACAAGCCCAUCGACCCGCCUGCCGACGACCCCCCGAGUGCGCAACUCGAGAAGACAGACUUGUCAAAGAGCCACGAUGAGCCACCGUCGUCUCGUAUCGUGGUGCCCCAUGCCUCAGGUGUACCUGAUCCACUUCGUAUGAUCGAUCUCAAGUCGGCACUGCAGUAUGGUCAAGCAUUGGGAUACCCGCCCCUGUUUGACUUCCUCCGCAGCUUCACAAGGAACAAUCUGCACCCUUUCGUGCCAUACAAAGGAGGCCCGGAAAUCAUCCUGACGUGCGGCUCAACAGACGGCUUUUCCAAGACCAUCACAGCGCUCAGCAAUGAGUGGUCGGCAGACCAUGAUCCAGUCAAUGAGAGGCCAGGCCUCUUGUGUGAGGAGUACGCCUACAUGAAUGCCAUCCAGACUGUCAAACCCAAGGGCUUCAAUAUCGCACCGGUCGCAAUCGACGACGAGGGCAUGUUGGCGAAAGGACCAGGCGGUCUCCAAGACGUGCUCGAGAACUGGGACUUCAAGAAGGGGCGUCGCCCACAUCUCAUGUACACGGUUACCAUUGGACAAAACCCCACAUCUGGCACACUCUCGGUCGCGCGCAGGAUCGAGAUCUAUGCCCUCUGCGUGCUGUACGAUAUCAUCAUCGUAGAAGAUGAUCCAUACUGGUACCUGCAGUUUCCUUCGUCGACACCAAAGACCGCAAACCCGAAGCCCACCAAAUCAUCUGGUUUUGAGUUCCUGGACAGCCUCAUCCCCUCCUACGUGAGCAUAGACUACCAAGGCCGGGUUGUCCGCCUGGAUACCUUCUCAAAGACAGUCGCGCCCGGCUGCCGGUUGGGGUGGAUUACCGCGCAACCAGCGCUAGUAGAACGCAUCCUUCGUGUCACGGAAACAACCACACAACAACCAUCUGGAUUCGUACAGUCGAUGAUCGCAGAAAUGAUCAUGGGUCCGCAAAGCUCCACUGAUCCCGGCAAGGGCGGCGCUGCGGACGGAAGUGGUUGGAAGGUUGACGGCUGGGUACGAUGGCUCGAGGGGCUGCGCGGGAACUACGAGCGCCGUAUGUCGACCAUGUGCGACGUCCUCAACGCGAACAAAGAAGCAGUGAAAGCCGGUCGUCGCAAGUCGCUUACAGAGGUCGUCGAUGAGAGUGAUGACUGGGCCGUCGUUGAGAAGACACAGAUCUACUCCUUCGUCCGUCCACUCGGUGGAAUGUUUGUCUGGAUCCGCUUCAAUUUUGCCUCGCAUCCUCUUGCCAAAGAAAUACCCGGUGCACGUCUCUCACGAGCGCAAUGGCUCUUCUGGACGCAGAAGCCCUAUCUUUGCCUUGUUGCACCUGGUCAGAUGUUUGCAACAUCCCAGGAUAUUCUCGAAAACGACAGCUACAAGUGCUUUAGAUUGUGCUUUGCAGCCUGCCCCAAUGAGGAUGUCGAGGACAUCACUAAGAGAUUCGUAGAGGGCGCGCAAGCUUUCUGGCGGAUCAAGAGCAAGAGCAAGAUUGACAAGCUAUUGGAGGAGGAUGGAGAGGCUGCUGCGGAUCACGUCACUGGUAUGGCUGUGCUCACAGGCAUGUGUUAG